CCAGAAGCAGCAUCAAAAGACAACAAUAUACAUCUAUGGGAUGUCAGUGGACCUAGAGAACCUGCGCUUUUGAGUGACGACUUCGUUCGAGACUUGGAUUUCAGCCCUGAUGGCCGACGAAUAGCUACGGUUUCUAGCGACGGUCUUCAUAUUUGGAACAGCGGCACUGGCAAAGUGUUGAUUUCAUCAAAUUUCGACGAAGAGUUUGCUGAAUCUGUUCGUUUUUCUCCAAACGGCGAAUUGCUGGCAAAUGUCAAGGCUCUUGCACCUAGGGCAUAUGUCUGGAACGCUUCAACUGGCGCACUUGUUUCAAACAUAAGAGUAAUAGACACCUCAGGUUCCAGCAAAGAUUCUGACAAUCCACUAAUGCAAGUAAGAUUAGGAUUUAGCCCCGAUAGCACUUAUCUGUUUAGUCAUGUAGAGACCCUUGGCGAUGAAAGGUCAGAAACGCGGAGCGCUAGCGUAUCGACUGGGGAAAUAGUUGCAACCCUUGAUCGGGAUUGGUAUCCAGAUGAGAAGUUCUCCUGCUUUGAUGAAGAUUCUUUGUUUGUAUUCAAGAUGUCUGAUUCGAAGUCAGGAUCAGAUCUUUACUCCUGGAAAUUUCUAGAAGGCUCAAAGAACAAGUUACUGUCGUAUGGUAGCAAGAUGAGAAGCUUCACAUGCAGUGAGGGGGCGAAGGUCAUUGCUACUGUUCUAGCCGAUGAAACAGUACGGAUUUGGUCUAGACAAUCGAACUCACGUAUCUUCAGGUAUCGAUCCUCAGUGCGACUGGCAACACUCGAUCAGACUGGAUCCUUUCUUGCUACUGCUUCGAGCGAAAAUGAAAUCCACGUUUGGUCGCUUGUCGACGGCGAAAAGACGGGUUUAAUGUCGGGCCACAAGGAAGAGAUUGAAGAAUUGAUAUUUGGUCCCGGUGGGAAGUUGCUACUUUCAGUUUCCAACGAUAGAGUUCGGCUAUGGGAACAGAGAGACGACGGAUAUUUUUUAUUGAACGAGUUUCAACAGUGGGGCUUAGAAGGAAUAACAGCGGCUAAGCUCGAUAGAAGUGGGACAAAAUUAGCAAUCAUUGACUCGGAUUCCUUUCCAAAAGUUUGGCCUGUCAUCGGAUCUGUGGAAGAGCUG